UAUUUUAUAAAUGAUUGCAAAGAGAAGGCAGAAAUCAUUUAGUGUUAUCAAAAGUGGAAAAGUGGGAGAGAAAUGGGAGGAAAAUUAGGGAAGGGAUUUAUGAAAGGAGGGAAAAUAGAGGAAAUAGAAGGAAAGAAAUAUGAUCAUGGGUUUUCUUCAGCUGAAGUAAACACACUGGCCGCCAUAGCUGAAGCUUUGUUCCCUUCUUUGCCACCUUCUUCUUGUUGUUUUGAAAGACGAGAAAACCAGACGAUAAGCAAAGCUGUUCGAUCUUUCAUGGAAACUUCUGCUUCUCAAUCCCCAACACCGGACGAGGCAGCAGAGAUGUUGUGGAAAAGAUUAUUCAUUGAAUGUGUGGUGGUAGUGAGAGUUGUAUUGUUGUUGUUAUCAACAAAAGUAGGAACUUUGUUGCUUUGUGGAAGCCAUUGCUGGGGUAAGGAAUGGCCGUACAUUAAUGGCUUCACAAGCAUGCCAUUAGCCAAAAGGGAGCAAGUUUUACAGGCCUGGUUUAAGCAUCGUUUCUUCACUCCCUUUAGGGUCGCUUUCCUCUACUUCAAAGUCGCCAUUCUUUUCACCAUCUUCUCACGGGUGGAUGAAAAUGGUGAAAACCCAGCAUGGGAAGCUAUUGGGUAUAACAUAGACAAAGUUGAAAAUGUUCCAAAUGAAAGACCUCUUCAACAAGGAAUUGUUGAAACAAUGCAUGUAAUAGACUCCAUUGAUCUUCACAAAUUACUAACAGAGAAAGGCCUUCAAGUUACACAAGAUCCCCACAAAAACGCCAUCAAAAUCAAAUGCGACGCCGUAAUAGUCGGUUCUGGGUGCGGUGGCGGUGUCGCGGCGGCGACGCUGGCUAGUUCGGGUCUGAAAGUGGUCGUUUUAGAAAAAGGAUGCUAUUUCGGCCCGGCAGAUUAUUCCCCUUUCGAAGGUCCUUCGAUGGAGAAACUAUACGAAUUAGGAGGUAGCCUACCGAGUAUCGAUGGACAAUUCGCGAUUCUCGCCGGCUCCACCGUAGGCGGUGGUUCAGCGGUUAACUGGUCAGCUUGUAUAAAAACGCCGGAAUCAGUUCUUAAAGAAUGGACCGAUGAGUGUAAAAUCCCAGUUUUUGGGAGCAACGAAUAUGUUUCCGCCAUGGAUAUCGUUUGUGAGAGAAUCGGUGUGACAGAAGACUGUGAAGAAGAAGGGUUUCAAAAUCAAGUUCUUUGUAAAGGGUGUAAAAAUCUCGGCUUUGAUAUCGAAAAAGUGCCGCGAAAUUCCUCUAGCCGCCAUUACUGUGGAUCUUGCGGCUUUGGUUGUAGAAGAGGGGACAAGAAAGGGACCGACAAGACAUGGUUAGUGGAUGCUGUUAACAAUGGCACCGUCAUUUUAACAGCCUGCAAAGCAGAAAAAUUCAUGUUGGAACAAAACACGACAAUGAUCAGUACGAGAAAGAUGAAGUGUACGGGCGUUAUUGCAACAACAUUAAACAAAAACAUUACGAAGAAACUACAAAUAGAAGCUAAAGUAACAAUAUCAGCUUGUGGGGCACUUCAUACGCCACUUUUGAUGUAUUCGAGCGGACUUAAAAACCCGAACAUCGGCCGAAAUCUCCGGCUCCACCCGGUUUUAAUGUCGUGGGGUUAUUUCCCGGAUUCCGAUUCCGAUAUCGAAGGUAAAGCUGUCGAUGGUGGGAUCAUCACAUCGGUUCAUAAAGUGUUGGGACCAAACAACAAUGUACAAGCCAUUAUUGAAACACCAUCAUUAGGACCAGGACAGUACACUGCUCUAUGCCCUUGGGUAUCCGGUUUGGACUUCAAACAAAGGAUGUUAAAAUUUUCAAGAACCGCUCAUUUGAUAACAAUUGUGAAAGACCGAGGGUCCGGUGAAGUUCAUAUGGGGGGACGGGUAACGUACAAGUUCGAUGCGACCGACCGAGAGAAUCUCCGAGCCGGGUUGAGACGGUCGUUGAGGGUUUUGGUUGCGGCCGGUGCGGUCGAGGUCGGGACUCAUCGUAGCGAUGGGCAAAAGUUGAAGUGCAAAGGGGUGAGCAAAGAGGAGCUGGAGGAGUUUUUGGACACGGUUUUCUCGGUAGGCGGACCGUUGUUCUGGGGCGACAAAUGGAUGGUUCACACCACAGCGCACCAAAUGGGGAGUUGUAAGAUGGGGAGAAAUGAAAAAGAUGGGGGUGUUGAUGAAAAUGGGGAGAGUUGGGAAGCUGAAGGAUUGUACGUUUGUGAUGCAAGUGUGUUGCCUACUGCUAUUGGUGUUAAUCCUAUGAUUACUGUUAUGUCUACUGCUUAUUGUCUCUCUAAGAGAAUAGCAGCUAAAAUACAAAACUUAUAGGGUUAAAAUAUGUCAUAAGUACUUACACUUUUCAUAAAUUUGGACUUUAAUCCUUUUGUUUUUACUUUUAAGAAUUUAAUAUCUCUAUUUUUAGAUUUUAAAAUUUAUGUCUAAUUGUUCAUGCUAUUAAAA